AUGCCGCCGGACGUGGUACAGCUGCUGCUGGGGGAGGAGACGGCCGGCCCCCCUUCCCCUGUACCCCGCAGGCACCGUUUCCUUUCUCUCCCUCCAAGUCCCCGACGCCGGACACAGCGAGCUACGGAGCAGGUCGCAUCCCUGCUCGUACCACGGCGCCCGCCACAGGCCGCAUUGGAAAGGUCAUAUGAGCAGCCUAUCACAAAAGAGUUCAUGUCACAGGUUUCUCAUCCUGACAAAAAAGCAGAAGAAUCCAUGCUUACGUUAAGCCAACCGAAUAUUGGUUUCAUCCAUGUGAAGAUUCAGGAUAUGAUUGAUCUAAAUGUAUACGGCAGCGGCCACGAUGCAGUUAUUGGCGAAGCAACUACAAUUCUCUGCUUCUCCUUGUAUGUCGUAUGCUCCCACUUUGUCAAUAUCUUGCUGGUACCGAGGAACCUGAAGCUAGGAAAGGUUUUUCAAAUGCGGUCUUACAACUCGAGAGCUCGUGGGCAGCUGGUGACUGUGAGCCAGCCUGGGGUGUGUCGCUAUGGUUCUAGGUUGGAUUGCUGUUAUGGCUGGAAAAAGAACAACAAGGGCCACUGCGAAGCUAUCUGUGGACAUGGCUGCAAGUAUGGCGAGUGCAUGGGACCAAACAAAUGCAAAUGUUUCCCUGGAUUUACAGGGAAAACCUGUAAUCAAGAUCUGAACGAAUGUGGACUGAAACCACGUCCCUGUGAACACAGAUGUAUGAAUACACAUGGCAGCUACAAGUGCUAUUGUCUCAACGGCUACAUGCUCAUGCCAGAUGGCACAUGUGCAAGUUCUAGGACAUGUGCCAUGGUGAAUUGCCAAUAUGGAUGUGAAGAAGUCAAAGGGGAGAUACAGUGCCUUUGUCCAUCAGGUGGCCUUCAGUUGGGACCGAAUGGAAGGACAUGCAUUGAUAUCGAUGAAUGCUCCAUUGGCAAAGCUGUCUGCUCUUACAACCGCAGAUGUGUCAACACAUUUGGAAGCUACUACUGCAAGUGCCAGCUUGGUUAUGAACUGAAAUACAUCAGUGGCCAUUAUGACUGUGUAGAUAUAAAUGAAUGCGUGACAAAUACACACAGGUGUAACCUCCAUGCAGAGUGCCUCAACACCGAAGGAUCCUUCAAAUGCAAAUGUAAACAGGGCUACCGGGGAAAUGGAUUUGAUUGUGCUGUUAUCCCUGAAAAGUCAGUGAAGGAAAUAGCAAGAAUCCCUGGAACAGCUAAGGACACAAUUAAGAAACUUCUUGCACAUAAAAACAGUGUGAAAAAGCAUGAAACAAUCAAGAAUGUGAUCCCAGAAGCAGCCAUGACACCAGCUUCUAAGACCCACCUGCAGUUAUUGGGCUAUGAAGGCGGUAUUGAUCUCGGUGGGAGCUACACUGAGGAAGAGAAAGAAACUGAAGCUACUGCAGAAGAGGAGGCAGAAGAGUCAGAUGAAGAGGAGAAGGAAGAUUUUGAGAAUCAAAUUGACCACGAGCGAAGCCUUAGAGGAGAUGUCUUUUUUCCCAAGGUGAAAGAAGCAGCUGCCUUCGGCCCUCUCCUGGCACAGAGGAAAGCUCCAGUGUCGAGACCAGAGCAAGAAGUUGAUUGCAGCUUCAGUCGAGGGGUCUGCGACUGGAAACAAGAUGCUGAUGAUGACUUUGACUGGAAUCCUGCUGAUCGAGAUAGAGGCGAUGGGUACUACAUGGCAGUUCCAGGUUUUGUGGGGCACAAGAAGGAUAUGGGGCGUCUAAAACUUCUCCUCACUGAUCUCAGACCGAAGAGCAGCUACUGCUUGAUUUUCAGUUAUCGGCUUGCUGGAGAGAGAGUGGGGAAACUUCGGGUGUUCCUGGCAAACAAAAAAACUGCUCCUGUCUGGGAGCAGAACAAAGGAAAAGAUGAAAGGUGGAGAACCGGAAAAAUAGAGAUAUUUCAGGGGGCUGAAACAACUAACAGCGUCACUUUUGAAUCAGAACGUGGGAAGGGCAAAACUGGAGAAAUUGGAGUGGACAAUGUUGUACUAAUUUCUGGUCUAUGCCCAGAAGAUACCUGAUAAUGGAUAUUUGAGUAUACUGGAUUUAAUCCUAUUUUUAAUAUUUGCCUUACUAGUAGUGUAAUUUUGAAGCAUUUUCUUUAUAAAAAACCCAAAACCAUAAAAACUGUGCCUUGAACUUAAUGCAGCAAUGAAAACAGAAAAACUGAUGUGCAAGAUGCAGAGUACACUUUUUAAUGAGUUAUUCUAAUACAUGCUUUGAAUGUAGCACUACUGUAUUUUAUAAUUCAAGGACAGGGUAUCUAAAGUAUUAUUUGUCUAGCUUUUUUACAAAUUCUACAUGCUUCUAUUCCUUAAAGUUCUUUUCAAGGCUAUUCUUAAGUCUUCUAUUUUGUUUCUUCUACUCGACAAGAACAUAAAGCAGUAUUUAAGAGGAUGUUACUACUUCAGGUGACGUAAUUUUAAUUUCCUACUUAGUGUGUAGAUAUUCAAUCUAUUCAACAAGUAAGAGGAAAGAGAGGAGCUUUAUUUCCUUCUUGAUGGAGCUACGCAAGUUGUAAGUGGAGUCAUGUCUUUGAGGAAUAUUUUCAUUACUAAUAAAGUAUGUAAAACAUC